UAACCACAUGGUUCAGCAAUGGUUAUAUCGAAACAAUACUCUCAUGUAGCUAAACUUGGACCAUCCAUACGGACUUGAUCCUGUCCCACGACAUUACGACUACUGGAUCUAUUUUCAUGUCCAUCCAUAUUGGACAUUGAUUUCAAACGAUUUCACCUCUUUCGUCAUUCACAUAAAAAUCGAAAACUAAUUUAAUGUAUUUGUGCCAUAUGAUGCGCCGCGUCCAAUUUGGUUUUGAAACGUGUACUGUCGCUUUAAAAUGAAGGGGCAGGCGGCAGGCAAGACAUGUAUUGCGUCAUUACGCUCCAUACCAAAACAACCUGCAGAGCUGUUUUCCUGUACAUGAUCUACGUUGGAGCGUCUGGGCUUCGCCUGGGCAUCAGGCCAUACUGACACCCAGCGAAAUGAUAUAUGUUAUAAUGGGAGUGUCUGGCUGCGGAAAGACAACACUAGGGGCCUUCCUGUCACACAAGCUCGGGUGGCCGCUGCACGAGGGAGAUGACUUUCACCCACGGGAAAAUAUUGAGAAAAUGGCUCGCGGGGAGCCUCUGACUGACCAGGACAGACUGCCUUGGCUGCUGAAACUGCAUGAUGUCAUUCAAAGUUGUGGGUCUGUCUUCAACAGGGAGAGGUCUUCAGGGGGCGAUGCCAUCAUGGUGUGUUCAGCUCUGAGGCGACUUUACAGGCAGGUUCUGCUGUUUGGCUCAGAGGCCCUGACCUACAGCUCGGACACAGCAAGCCUGCACAUGUGCAGCCUGCCCGGCGUCUGGUUCCUCUUCCUGUACGGGACAUAUGAUCUGAUCCAUGCAAGGAUGGUGGCCCGGAGGGGACAUUUCAUGCAGCCUGGUCUCCUGCGCUCCCAGUUUGAUGUUCUGGAACCACCGGCGGAAGAGGAGAACGCGUUGCUGCUUGAUAUUCGGAGGAGCACUGAUGACAUCUGCAGGGAGAUACAGGAGCAUCUCCGCCAACUUUCAUAACCAGAGAUCAUGAUCAUGGACUCUCAAAUCAAAGAUAACAUACUGGACUGCACUGUGUGCUACAAAACAAUUACAUAUGUCAGACUUUUAUAUUAUUUUAUUUUACAAAGCACAAUAAAUCCGUUUCUGAUUCAGA